AAUCCAGCCAUGGCCUUGACUCAGUCUUGGUGGUCUGGGGGCCAUUUGCAUCUUCUUGGAGCCCUUCUCUUUGGUCACACUCUGGGGGGGCACCUGUCACUGGAAGAGUACUCUGGCGAUGCCCUUUGCGCUGAGGGUACCAGCGUACCUCAUUAUUGAACCUGUUGGGUUGGGCGGAACCUGGCUAGCAGCCUACCGGAGAGGCCGCCCUCCUCAUGUUUUGUGUUCUUUUUAGCGUCCUGUUCCAUCCGGUUUUCUGGAAGUCUCUCGGCGAGGACAGGCAGGCGAUAAUCUGAGAUGGGUCUGCGACCGCCCAGUAGUACCUCUAUUGCAAGAACUCAGAAAGAAAUGAAGAAAGCCCUCAGAGAGGAUGCCGGCUUCUCGAGGCUCACGGAGCCCUGCUGACUACAUGGAAGCUGGGUGAGAGCUUGGCUGCUGGGGUUCUGAGCAUGGCGCUGUGCCCCGUGUCUGCUGAGGUCAUUCACCAGGUGGAGGACUGUCUGGAUGACGACGAGAAGGAGACGAUGCUCUUCUUAUGCAGAGAUGUGGCGGAGAACCUGGCUGCACCCAAUGUCAGGGACUUCCUGGGCAGCUUAAGCGAGAGAGGCCAGCUCUCCUACGCUGCAUUGGCUGAAUUGCUCUACAGAGUGAGGCGGUUUGACCUGCUCAAGAGGAUUUUGAAGACAGACAAGGCGGCCGUGGAGGCCCACCUGUGCAGAAGCCCACAUUUCAUUUCUGAUUAUAGGGUGCUGCUGAUGGAGAUUGGUGAGAAUUUGGAUCAAUCUGAUGUGUCCUCGUUAAUUUUCCUCACGAGAGACUACGUAGGCCGAGGCAAGGGGGCCAAGGACAAGAGCUUCUUGGAUCUGGUGAUUGAACUGGAGAAACAGAAUCUGCUUGCUUCAGAUGAAUUGCGUUUACUGGAAAAAUGUCUGAAGAACAUCCACAGGAUAGACUUGAAGACAAAAAUCCAGAAGUACACGCAGUCUGGUCAAGGAGCAGAAUCAAAUAUGAAUUCUCUUCAGGCUUCUCUCCCAAACUUGAGUAUCAAGGAGUCAUUGUAUAAUUCAAGGCUCCAGAACGGGCAGAGAAAAGAGCACAGAUUUGUGGAACCCCUUGGCGUUCAAAGAAGACCAGUGAAGACUUCCAUCCCGGAAUCAGGAGCUUUUCUGCCUCCGCACAUACACGAAGAGAGUUACCGGAUGCAGAGCAAGCCCUUAGGAAUCUGCCUGAUCAUCGACUGCAUCGGCAAUGACACAGAAUAUCUCCAAGAGACCUUCGCUUCCCUGGGCUUUUGUGUUCACCCUUUCUUGUUUCCCAGUGCAAAAGAUAUAAGCCAGAUUCUCCAUCGAUUUUCCCAUCAGUCCCAACAUGGGGACUAUGACAGCUUUGUAUGUGUUCUGGUGAGCCGAGGAGGCUCCCAAAGCUUGAUGGGUGUAGAUCAGCUUCACUCCGGGUUCUCCUUGGAUUGGGUCAGGAGCAUGUUCCUCGGGGACACGUGCCCUUCUCUUAGAGGGAAACCAAAGCUCUUUUUUAUUCAGAACUAUGAGGCAUUGGGUAGCCAGUCAGAAGGCAGUAGCCUGGAGGUAGAUGGGCCGGCAAUCAAAAGUGUGGACUCUAAGGCCCCGCCUCCCAGCCGCUACAUGAUUCACCGAGAGGCUGAUGUCUUCUGGAGCCAGUGCACAGCAGACGUGUCGCAGCUCGAGCAGCCCUCCAGCUCCUCCUCUGUGUACCUGCAGACGCUCUCCCAGCAGCUGAAGCAAGAAAGGAGGCUCCCACUAGUGGAUCUCCAUGUUGAACUCAUGGACAAAGUAUAUGCCUGGAACAGCAGAGUUUCUCCUAAGGAGAAAUACUAUCUCAGCCUGCAGCAUACUCUGAGGAAGAAACUCAUCCUGUCUCAAGCAUGAAAACCUGAAGCCUUCUGGGUUCUUGGUAUGUCGUCCGGGGUGGCUUGGAGCUGGCAAACCUCCUGAUUGCUCGGGAGCAGACCUCGAGGGUUGUGCCUGCUUCUGGUUCUAAUGCAAGCCCUUCUUCCUGAUUCUCCUGCACGCAGGCCUCAGCCAUAAACUGCAGCAUGUUAACUCUCUGGCCACUAGGAGAGGCCGAACCCUCCAAAACUAUGAGCCAAAGUAAACUCCUCCUCCUUAAUCUCCUGGGUCAGAUGUUUUGACCCAAUGUAGAGAAUGGUAAAACAUAAGGCUGUUGUUUUGGGGGGUUAUCUACCAAACUCUAUGUCUAGAGGAUGUACAUCUAAUCAUUUAGUAAAUUAUUAGCUCAUUAAGUUAUUAGAAGUACCUAUUGCUUCAGAAACUAUGGAUUUCUGUCAUUGUGUCUAGUGACCUUUCAUAUUGUUUCCAAGUUUUGUAACCUAGCUUUUUUGAGACAAGGUUUCUCUGUAUAACCUUGGCUGUCCCGGAUUCUCUUUGUAAACCAGGCUGACUUAAACUCACAGAGAUCUGCCUGCCUCUGCCUCCCAAGUGCUGGGAUUAAAGGCACUGGCCUGGCCUAUAUAUAAUUAAAAAAAAAACCGUUUUAUUAUAUGUGUUUAACAUUCACAAUAUGAUGAGAUAUUUACAUAUAAAGAUGAAAAAAAUGGCUACCUGUGAACACGGGAGAGCUGACCCUGCCCCUCAUCAAGUAUGCAAUGGCUUGGCUAAAGGAGAGCUGACCCUGCCCCUCAUUGGCUGCCUGCCGCACUCAGGAAGAGAAUGAACACGG